AUGGCUCAGCAACGCCCUCGAACCCAGCCAUUGGCACAAAAUGCUCAGCGAAUAAUGAUGCAACAAAGCAUGACUGACCAACCCUGCUUCAAGAUCAUGACUAACCUUGAGGAAACAUGGUUUACAUUUGUGGAUGAAAAGGUCUGUAUGAUCUGGGAUGCGAAUGCAAGACGUCCCAAAUUGAUUGAAAUUCUGCCCGGGACUGAGCCGCCCUCAAUGAUGAUACGCCAUAUUGCGAAUGUGAGACGGGGUACCCAGUAUACAGUUCGUACUGUUUUCCUUGAAUUACUACGUAGCAACUCGAUCCCUGCAGGCUCGUCGAUGAAAACGUGGAUCGAAGCAAUGGACAGGAAGGGAUAUUUGGAGCUUAUAGGCAGCCUGCUAUGA